AUGGUACUGGAGCUUGUGCCUGCCGGCCAGUUCAUCCCCACCCCCGCUGCCGCCGCCGCGCCGCAGCCGGCAGGCGGCGAGGGCCAGGCGCCGGCGCUUAAGGCCGUGCCGGAAGCAGUGCAGACGGCGGUGAAGGAGGUGCAGCUGAGCCGACACGGCGACGACUGGGGCGCAGACCUGCCCCCCGGCCUGGCCCCCCACGGCACCGCCUACCGCCUGGUGCUGACCGGUCCCGGCGGCUCCCGCCUGGUGCGGCGCGACCCCUGGGCCCGCUCUGCGGAGCACACAACCUCUUGGUGCUUUGUGCACAGCGCCGACGCCUACCAGUGGCGCCACCCGGACUGGCAGCCGCUCAGCUUCGACAAGUACAUCAUCUACGAGAUGCACGUCGGCUCCUUCACGCCGGAGGGCACGCUGGCGGCUGCCGCCGCCCGCCUGCCUCACGUGGCCGCCCUGGGCUUCACCCUCAUCGAGCUGAUGCCGUGCCAGGAGCACUCCGACCCGUGGGGCUACAACCCGCGUCAGCUGCUGGCGCUGCACCGUCCGAUGGGCACGCCAGAGGACAUGAAGGCUUUUGUGGACACGGCCCACGGGCUGGGGGUGGGGGUGAUGAUGGAUGUGGUGCUGCACCAUGGCGCCCCCUCUGGCAACAUGCUGUGGGACUGGGACGGGUGGGAGCAGGGCGCCAACGGCGGCAUCUAUCACGAGGGCGCCCCCGACUGCCCCUGGGGCCGCCAGUGGGACCUGCCCCGCCUGCGCACCGCCAUGGGGGUGCACUUUGGCUUCGAGAGCCCCACCCAGUGCAUCAAGUACAUGACUGGGUCGCACGACCAGGUGGGGUGCCAGCGCAAUGGCGGCUGGUAUCAGGAUUAUGCGCCCGUGGGCGGCCACCACAGGUACGCCGUGGACCAGUUCUGCGGCGGGCGCACCGACCCCAACGCCGCCGCCUGCGCGCGCCUGUGGUAUGCGGCCAACGUCGCUGCCGCUGGGCUGCCCAUGCUGUUCAUGGGAACAGAGUUUGCCCAGAGCGGCUGGUGGCACAACGACGAGCACCACCGCCUGCAGUGGGACAACGCCGAGGACGACAUAGGGCGGGGCAUGAUGGCGGCGGUGGGGGACGCCAACCGCUUGCGGGCGAGCUACCCCGCGCUGCGCUACGGCUGGGCCAACUGCAUCCACGAGGAUAGAAAGAACGGCGUCAUGGGGUACGAGCGCUGCUCCGCGGGCGAGACGCGCGUGGUGGUGGUGGUGAACGCGGCGCGGCAGCGGUGGCAGGAGGGCGACUAUGGGCUGUGGGUGGGCGGCGGCGGCACCUUCAAGCAGGUCUACUGCUCGCAGGACUCAGCCUAUGGCGGCGACCCGCAGUGGCGCAGCAACGAUGUGGUGCAGGAGUAUGACGGCCGCAUCUACCUCAGCCUGCCCCCCUCCUGCACCCUGGUGCUAGUGCAGCAGCCCGCAGAGUGA